AAUAUAUAUAUAUAUUAUAUAUAUAUAUAUUUUUUUUUUUUUUUUUUUUAUAUAUGUUUCAUUCGGACCUGUUCCUUGUAUGAAUACUGUAUCUCUGUAUAUAGUAUAAUAUAUAUAAUAUGUUAUGAUUAUGUUAGUUGUUAUUUACUAUAUAUAUUUGCCUUAACUCUCUCCUUUUUUUUUUUUUUUUUUUUUUUUUUUUUUUUUUUUUUUUUAUUAGUACCUAACAUUGCUAUUAUGAUGCUGUAUGACAUUGUAUUGGCUAUUAUUUGUGAUGAGGUGCGUAUGUGGGGUACGCGCGACGAAUUUUUCAACAUGUUCGCUUGCGUGUAUCGUUGGUUUAAUGUCAACAAUUCUACUCUUUCGAUGCUGCAUCACUUACCUAGAUCAUUCCCACAACAUCAUCUGAUUCUUCGAUAUGCCUUGGAUACUUACUACGGUUAUCUUCAAUCGUCUUAUAUCUGUGGCCAUAAAGGUUUCCGCUAUCUGUGUUGUUCAACGAACAGCGCCAUGCUUCCACACUGGCUGUCGUACAUGGUGUUCCGCAAACAGAGAUCCAUAACCUAUUUUGCACGUAAACCUUCUCGUGUGAUGAUUACUUGUUCACAAGGUUUCCGCUAUCUGUGUUGUUCAACGAACAGCGCCAUGCUUCCACACUGGCUGUCGUACAUGGUGUUCCGCAAACAGAGAUCCAUAACCUAUUUUGCACGUAAACCUUCUCGUGUGAUGAUUACUUGUUCACAAGAUGUUCGAUAUCUGUAUUAUUCGACGAACAGCACUACAACAUACACUACUGCACUACGUUGCCCACUGAAAUCACUUUAUUCAUUGUUUAUUUCGAUUAUGCGCUAGUUUUAGCUUGUUUAAGUGCACCGUUCGCGGAAUCCCUUUUACUUCAAUCUUGACGUUUUGUUCUGCAAGAUUUCUAGCACUUUGUGUCGUCUAAUAUAUUGAUGGGAGAAUUUUCCUUACUAGGUUCUUUUAGUAGAUAUAUCGAAUCUCCUAUUUUAAAAUCUUGAGGGUUGAUUCGUCGGUCGUAAUAUUCCUUUGAUCUUAGUUUGGAUUUUAUCAAAUUUUCUUUUGCCAUUCGUUGUACAGUGUUAAUUUUAUUGAACAGAUCUUUGAGAUAUUCUGCGCAUGUUGGUUCCGUGUUCUCUUCGAUUGUUACUUCACCAAUAGGUUCUUUGGCUAGAUGUCCGAAACUAAUUCGUGCGGGGAGAAUUUUGUUCCUUUCCUUCAUUUUAGUUUUUAUUUUGCGCCAGGACGCAGGUUUACUGACAUCGAUCCAAUUAUCCAAUUGCUUGCUAAUAGCAUUCAAGAUACAAAUUUUUGAAAGUGCCGCAGCCAUAUUAACCCAAAAAUGUUUUGUAUAUAGUAUAGUGUGAUACCAUCUAUAUUUUCCUGGGGGAAUCAUAAGAUCAGCACUACCUACUAUGUUACCUACGUCAAAUAUUAGAUGUAGUAACCAAUAAAGUAUUUUUAAUCCAAUUAUAA